UUUGUGUUCAAGAAGAUGCCGUGUGAUCGUCAGCUGAUACUGGCAUUAUUUUUUUUUUAAAUAAAAUACGACUUUAAGUGAACCGCUUAAAGUUGAUAUAGUCCGGAAAGAAAGCUGCACCUUAGGGGAAUGCUGAACAAGUGAAGAUGGACUCAAAUCCACCACACCUCAAAACAAACUUUGCAGACAAUGACAGGUUGCAAAUGUUGAAAAAUGCUUUUGAAAAAAAGUAUGGAAAGUCUCCCAAAUUCUAUGCACAUGCACCAGGGAGGGUAAAUCUCAUAGGGGAACAUGUUGAUUAUUGUGGGUAUUCUGUACUUCCCAUGGCCAUCGAACAGAGUAUUCUUGCAGCUGUCUCUUUGAAUGAUUCGGAGACAAUAGAGCUGGCCAAUACAAAUCCUCAAUACAAGGAUUUUAGAGUGUCUGGCACAGAAGAAAUUGAAAUUGGCAAAGACAAUCCACAGUGGCACAAUUACUUUCUCUGUGGUGUCAAAGGCAUUCAGGAGAACUUCAGCCUCCCCAGUUUGGUUGGGAUGCAGUGUGUUGUUGAUGGAACCAUCCCGGCCAGCUCAGGCCUGUCCAGCUCUAGUGCCUUAGUGUGUUGUGCUGGCCUGGUCACAAUGGAGGCCAAUGAGAAGUCCCUCUCCAAGGUGGCACUUGCUGAAAUCUGUGCCAAAUGUGAGCGAUACAUUGGAACUGAAGGAGGGGGAAUGGACCAAUCCAUCUCGUUUCUGGCAGAGAAAGGAACCGCCAAGCUGAUUGAGUUCAACCCGCUGCGUGCCACUGAUGUCCAGCUUCCGGGCGGUGCCGUGUUUGUGAUCUCCAACUGCUGUGUGGAGAUGAACAAGGCGGCCUCUUCUCACUUCAACAUCCGUGUGGUGGAGUGUCGGAUAGCUACAAAGCCGACACUCUUAUCCAGUCUAAUGGAAUACCUGGGGUGGAUGCAGAUGCUGGCCAAGGUAAAGGGUCUGGAGUGGAAGAGGUUGGUGAAGCUGGCCCAGGUGCAGGCCGAGCUGGGGGCCUCUCUGGAGGAGAUGCUGAGCCUGGUAGAGGAGGUGCUGCACUCUGACGCAUACAGCAGAGCUGAGAUCUGCCAGGCCCUGGGCAUCACCCCUGAGCAGUUCAGUACAGACCUGCUCAGUUCCAACACACAGCAUGUCACUCACUUCAAGCUGUACCAGCGGGCCAGGCAUGUGUAUGGGGAGGCCUCACGGGUCCUGUGUUUCAAGAGCGUGUGUGAUUCUCAGCCCGCUGACUCCAUACCUCUCCUGGGAGACUUGAUGAAGGAGAGCCACGCCAGCUGCAGAGACCUGUAUGAAUGCAGCUGUCCUGAACUGGACCAGUUGGUCGACAUUUGUUUGAAGGCGGGUGCGGUGGGGUCCCGGCUGACGGGGGCCGGCUGGGGCGGCUGUGCGGUCUCCAUGGUUCCAAGUGACAAGGUGCAGUCGUUCAUACGAACAGUGAGGGAGACGUUCUACGCCCCGGAGCCCCGCAGGGCAGCCAUGGAGAAGCAGAGUCUGUUUGUGUCAAAGCCUGGAGGUGGAGCCACCAUCUUUAUCGAGGAGUAAAGCUGUUCACAUCGUGUUUACAACCGCUUUUGAUUAAUAAUCAAUUCCUUUGGGAGAAUCCUUUUUAAAUGUUUUUUUGGAAAAGGUGGUUAGAAGAAGAUGCAUUCUUUAAACUGUGACCAAAUUAAAGGGACUCUGAUUUUACAGAAUGUAUAAGCAAUCACUCUUUGCAGGGACUGUUUUUACUGUAAUCAUAGUAGAAAACAUAUGUUCUUCUUCAAUGAUGAGAUUAAAAUAAUUAUCUGAUAAAA